GCCGUCGCCGGCUCCGGCGCGCUAUGUGGCCGCCCCGAUCGAGAGGCGGAUUCCUGGCUAAUCCGGGAGGGCUGGCCCAGCCCGCGCUCCCGGCUGCGGGGCUGCGAUGACCACUCUCGGUCGCCCAAGUUGAAGGACUCGGGUUGUGCCUGGGGCGGGGCGCGAUCUUCAGGAGACUGGCGAGGACUAUGAGCUGAAGAGUAAACAUGUAUGGGAAUUAUUCUCACUUCAUGAAGUUCCCCACCGGCUUUGGCGGCUCCCCUGGCCACUCCGGCUCUACAUCGAUGAGCCCGUCAGCAGCCUUGUCCACAGGGAAACCCAUGGACAGCCACCCCAGCUACACUGACACCCCCGUGAGUGCUCCACGGACUCUGAGUGCUGUGGGGACCCCCCUCAAUGCCCUGGGUUCUCCGUAUCGUGUCAUCACAUCUGCCAUGGGCCCUCCCUCAGGAGCGCUGGCAGCCCCUCCAGGAAUCAACCUGGUUGCCCCGCCCAGCUCUCAGCUCAAUGUGGUCAACGGUGUCAGCAUUUCCGAGGACAUCAAGCCCUUACCGGGGCUUCCUGGGAUCGGAAACAUGAACUACCCAUCCACCAGCCCCGGGUCUCUGGUCAAGCACAUCUGUGCCAUCUGUGGGGACAGAUCAUCAGGCAAGCACUACGGCGUGUACAGCUGCGAGGGCUGCAAGGGCUUCUUCAAGAGGACCAUCCGGAAGGACCUGCUGUACACCUGCCGGGACAGCAAGGACUGCCUCAUCGACAAGCGCCAGCGCAACCGCUGCCAGUACUGCCGCUACCAGAAGUGCCUGGUCAUGGGCAUGAAGCGGGAAGCGGUGCAAGAGGAGCGGCAGAGGAGCCGGGAGCGGGCGGAGAGCGAGGCGGAGGGUGCCGGUGGGGGCCACGAGGACAUGCCCGUGGGGAGGAUCCUGGAAGCCGAGCUUGCUGUGGAACCGAAGACGGAGUCCUACGGGGACAUGAACACGGAGAGCUCCACGAAUGACCCUGUCACCAACAUCUGCCACGCGGCCGACAAGCAGCUGUUCACCCUUGUCGAGUGGGCCAAGCGUAUCCCCCACUUCUCCGACCUCACCCUGGAGGACCAGGUCAUCCUGCUCCGGGCAGGGUGGAACGAGCUCCUGAUCGCCUCCUUCUCCCACCGCUCGGUCUCCGUGCAGGACGGCAUCCUCCUGGCCACGGGUCUGCACGUGCACCGGAGCAGCGCCCACAGCGCUGGCGUGGGCUCCAUCUUUGACAGAGUCCUGACUGAGCUGGUCUCCAAGAUGAAAGACAUGCAGAUGGACAAGUCGGAGCUGGGAUGCCUGCGGGCCAUCGUCCUGUUUAACCCAGAUGCCAAGGGCCUAUCCAACCCCUCGGAGGUGGAGAGCCUGCGUGAGAAGGUCUACGCCACCCUCGAGGCCUACACCAAGCAGAAGUACCCGGACCAGCCAGGCAGGUUCGCCAAGCUGCUGCUGCGCCUGCCCGCCCUGCGCUCCAUCGGCUUGAAGUGCCUGGAGCACCUGUUCUUCUUCAAGCUCAUCGGGGACACGCCCAUUGACACCUUCCUCAUGGAGAUGCUGGAGACCCCGCUGCAGGUCACCUGAGCCUCGCCAGGCGCAGCCUCCCCGGGGGAGCUCAGGGCAGGCGUGUGUGGACCCCGCCCCGCCAGGUCCCUCCACUUCCCACCCACCCCUCCUGUUCCCGGAAUGUGAUGCUUCUAAUAAAGAAACCUUUCUACACA